CAUUUGAACCUGCUUUCAACCGGAAGUGGGUCGCAACAAAUGGAGACCAUCCAGACAGCCCCAGGCGCUGUUUAUAAGAUCAACCAUGAACAGCAAACAUUUCCGGAACCACCAGCCUGCGGUGCCAGCAAAACACCACAUGAAGUUGCCGAAAAUUUCCAAACUGCCCGGGCAAAUCACCAGCCAUCAGACGUCAUCGAGCGGCUGGGCGGGGCAGGCAGACGACACGAGGAGUAAGACCAGCGAGGAUGGGGACGAUGAUGUCGUCGAUGUCACCAAGAACAAGAGCAUCUUGAAGCAUACAGAAUACCAUGGGCCGGUUUAUAAGCCAGGGGCCAGGGUCGUGGGGAAUGGAAGAGGAGGGAGGAAAGUUCCAAAUGAGGAAUCUGAAUUUGACAGGAGGAUAACCAUGGUAGUCGAUCAAAAAAUGGUUCUGAAAAAGAAGGUAAAAACACAGUUCGAUACGUUGGGUGAAACAAGUAAAAUAUUAGAAUCGAUUCCUAGAGGUGAAACGGUGCUGUGUAGCAAGAUAGAGAUUGACCAGCUGGACCUGGAACAUCGUCUGUUGAUAAGGGAGGUAGAGCAGAUGAGGAAGUACAACGAGAUCCGGUUCGAAGCUUUGUUGGAGAAGAGGGUCGCGUAUCUCAACUCGAUCAAAUUGUUCAAUAAUUUCAUCACGGACAUGGAGAAGAGGCACUCGAAGGCCCAGGAUCAAAUCCAGAAACUGCAAGCAGAGCGGAAGGAAAUGACGCACUUAAAACCGAAGCUGUUAUAUGAGAUUUGUGUGUUGAAAGAACGAGAGGCCAGCAAGAGUCGGCAGGUUACCCAGUGUAUUCCUAUCGGCAAGUUUUUUGAUGCGGUCAUCGCGUCCUUCGGCUCGUGCUUCAGAUCGUCCGUGCAUGUACUCACCCGACACGCCGCUCUCAAGUCCAACGUUGAAUCACAGAUCAUGCGCUAUGAUAGUGUACUGGGUGACCUAGAACAGGCCCACGCCCAUCUUGACCAACUGUUUCUGGACUCGAUAGAAACUUUCAGGCAGAUGACCAACAAGUUGGCGGAGCUCAAGAGGGACCUACGUAACGUGCAGGUAGAGAACACCCAGCUCGCCAUCACGUACGAGUCUCUGAUCGUGCGAGAGGCAGAGGAGGAGAAGGAAAGGCUGGGAGUGUACUCCGCCAUACACAACAUGGCACAUACCUUGUCUGAGUUCCGGGAUUAUGCCGGGUUUAGAUUACAGAAGCACAAGACGGCCGCGGCCAAGCUGAAGGAGAUAGGGGAGAUAAUCCUCUUCUACGACUGUCUGCUGGCCGAGCUCAAGCUGGAGAUAGAGACACGUCCUCGCGUGCCCAGGAAGAAGGCUCCCAAGAACGUCCAACCCACCGUCAAGCUCAGCGGUGAAACGGUUACAACGGUCGUGUCGGAUCCAGUUUUGAAGAAUAUCGAACUUCUGCAAAACCGAGCAGAAGAUUGAUGCCGCGGUCACGUGUGGAUGAAAACAGACAUGAUUGGAUGAAAAUGGAUACAGAUGCGAUUAUUGGAUGAAAAUGGAUUGAGACUGGAUGAAAAUGCAGAGAUUGGAUGAAAAUGGACAGAGAUACGGUUUUUGGAUGAAAAUGAUGGAUAACAAACAGUUUGAUGUGUCAGGCAACUAGAGGCCUCAACAAAUUGCUGGAUAGAAUCGAUUCCAACAUUUAUCGAUUACAAUGAAGGUUUCAAAAGAUAUUCUAGAACCUACACAGCGACCAUCCCAUGUAUCACAAGCCCUAGGUUUACAUGGAUAUGUUCAUUAUAGCACCACAUUAAGGCUCAUGUUCUAUACAAGCUACAUCGUUACUGAUUACAUCUAACUCUUACAUCGCAUACAUAUAUCUCUAGACAACAAAUUGUUACAUCUCAAAAUAACACAUAACUGUACCUAAGUUUUUUUUAAAAUUACUUACACUAAUUACAUCAGUAAUGUUAACAUGAUAUUUUGCUUACAUCAGCUUUAUCUACCUCUUGGUAUAUCUGUAUCAAAGUUUAUCUUAGAUAUUAAUGUUACUCAUUUUGUUGACAUCACUUUUCUUUCGAUAUAACUACAUUAUGAGCUGUAAUAUGUCUACUGCUUACAAUUACAUGUUUAUAUAAUUUAGCACAAAUUUCAACACUGCUAAACUUGCAUGUUACAUCUUCGGUGAUUACAUUUGCUGCAUUACAUAUACUGUUACUUUAGAAGUUCUAGACAACCUAUGGUCUUGUGGUUUCAAGGAGUCUCAAUUUCUUCAUUAGCAUCCUAACUCUACAACGUAAAUCUUAUGUUGGUGACUUCUAAACCAUCUAUGGUUUCAUUGGGUCUCAACUCAUCGCUAAGCAUCAACCCCUACAACUUCCUGAUUAUGUUGGUGUAUUCUGACCCACAAAUCUUCCGUCCAACUUAGUCUUGACACCGUAGGAAUUCCUGCGGUGUAACUGACAAAACGUACAUAACAAAAAAACAAUCUUGCUUCGUCUGGUUUUGAACCUGUUCCCUGGCUGUUUUGACCAAUACGAGGCGAGUUCAAAAGUUCAACCUCCUGCUUCGAUGUGAGUACAUCUGCCCUAAUCAAAACACGUGAUCGCUACGACAUCACCAGUUUGACACGAACGACAAAUAAACGAUAAUAUUUCACGUCAUCAGCAUGAAGAAAAACACCGCAAUGACCAAACACACAACUCACAAAACUCAAUGCUAGAACAUGAAUUACACGACAUCGGCAGUAGCGGGUUUUGAUCUCAAAUAUUGUCAAGUAUUCCAACAGAUCUUAAUUUGAAAAACAAGACCUAACACACACGUAUGAAGCUGAGAGAAAGCCUGGCCAAUGUUGUAUUUGAUAACAAACUUCA